CACACACACACGUAGACACACACAUACAUUCGGACGGCCGCUAUUUUAUUCAUAAUUCGAGAUAUGAUUCCCACAACGCGCCGCGCUGCCGUCACUUAUGCAUUAUCCAGUUCGGAGCGGAUGACGUCUUUCCUCUUUCCCGUCGUGCCAAUCGCCCGCGCCGCCAUCGCCGCCGUCGCCUCCGCCUUUGCGACACGCGACUGUACCAAAGUGGAUUUAUGUGACGGAAAACCUGCCGAUAUCUUCCUCAUGCGACAAACAUUUUCUUGAGUGCACAGCGAGAAGCAUGGAGCGAAAUCUCGCGUGCGAAAAGUUGCCGAAGGAAAGCAGUCGUACGGAACAGAACGAUACGGAACGAACUGCUCGCCAUCAGAUGAACGGACUGUCCCGAAAGCCCUACGCACGGACCAAGCAACGAUCACCGUCCACUUUGCGCGAAAGAGCGACGACUGGCAGCGGUGAUGGAGGUCUUUUUUUCCAGACCGGAGCUAUUACAGCGGCGGGGAUGAAUCACGGAAUCGAGUCCGAUUGGUACUCGUUCGCAAGCACGACCUGGCUUUUAUUAGACUGGCUGACAUCGAGGAUCACUGCCAAACUAGGAUCGCGCGAACAAUAGCUUCCACGUAUCGUCUCGACCGGGCGAAAAUAACUACAGUUGCCUGCACAUUUCCUAUUGCACUCUUUUUGCAUCAAAGUUGAAACAAAAAAAAAAGAGAGAAACAGAAGAGCAAAAAAAAAAUUCCAUCAAUUUUGGUUUAGAAAGAAAUUUGCUGUGAAUAAAUUUGAAAAUAUGUGUCUGCGCAUAAUAAUAUUUAUACAUGUAAAAGUUUUAA